AUGGCGUCUCCCAAUCUUGACCAGCUGGUGAAAGGCACUCCGGUGUCAGGUCCCCGUUCUGAGUCGGUACCUGCAGCAUCAGAGCCAUCGGCUGUGAGCUCACGGCCGGAACAGAACGCUGUUCCCCCCGACACCUCGUCGUCGUCCUCCCACCGACGUCCGUCAACCCCGGAUCCGCUGUCGACGCUCCCUUCCUCCCCCCCACAGAUCUAUUUGAACCUGUUGAUUCUUGAGACCUCGCUCCGGGCCCAGUAUUUGGCUCUGCGAGAGCGACGACGGCAGAAUACGUUCUUUUUGUUGCUGCUGGCAGCUUGGAUCGCGUACUUCGCGUACGCUCUCUUCCUGCGCCCGCGCGAAGAUGGCAGCGGCGUCGGUGGCUCGAUCUACUGGAUGGUGGAGAUGGGGGAGAAGGUUGCGCUGCUCGGCGGCGUGGUGACGGCGCUGCUCGUAUGGGGGACUGGACAGUGGGAGCGUGGCGUGCGCUGGCCGCGGCGCUGGCUCGUGGUGGCCAACCGGGGCCUGCGCAACAUGAACACAAAAAUCGUCGUGAUCCGCGGGCCAUGGUGGCAGGAGCUGCUGUCAUAUCUAUCCUUCCUUUUCCCUUUCUCGCUGCCCUUCUUCCCGUCGCCGGGGGGGAAUUUUCACUAUGUCGAGCGCCAUCUGUCCGACCGACGCAGCGGCACCCGGUCGCACCACCAGGGGUAUGACAAUGUGGAUAGUGAAGCGGGCCUCGUUGAGGAAGAUCUGAGUCCCGGGGGCGACUAUAUCCAACUUCUCUUGCUUCCCAAGUCUUUCUCCCCCGAGUUCCGCGAGAACUGGGACGACUACCGCACCAACUUUUGGGACAAGGAGAACGAGCGUCGCGCCCAGCUGCGCCAUAAGCUGCGCGAGCGCGAGCGCCAGUUUGCCAGGCAGCAUGGCGGUUGGUUCUGGUGGCUGGGUCUGGGAUGGCGCGCAUCGCAGCGACGCCGGUUAAUUGCGGCCAACCUGCACCAGGGCGAUAAGGCUCACCACCGACACGCCCACGCCCACGCCCACACCCAUCAGCAUCCGCACCCACACCAGCCGUCCCUCUCGUCCAAGCUCAGCCAGGAACUCAAGCCCACCCGUCGCAUGACCCGAUCGGACUCUCACUCGCGCACAUCGUCUCGCAGCACGACACCCGCGGACCCGGAUGAGCGGCCCCCCUCCCGAUCCUCGGCCACCGGCCGCCCCCGCCGCGGAAGCACGCUGCUGUCGUCCACCGCGUCGAGCAUCGAGCCCAGCCAGCGCAGGAAGAAGAGCAAGUCUUCUUCCUCGCCCGUUGGAGCCUCCGUUCGGGGCCUGUCUCCGCUGACCCAAGCGCAGGCCCGAGAAAGCGUUCGUACUCCAUCCAUUUCCUCCGAAGACUCCAUCUCC